GCACGUGCGCGUGCGUAUUGAGAUCAAAUAGCUGCUUCCUCCCGCUUCUCUUUCUCCCUCCCCCAUAUCCGUGCGCCGAGCAGAUAAAGGCGCCAUUUUGGAGGGGCCGCGGGAGACGUGGUGUCGCUGCGGGCUCGCUCUGAGGUGCGCUAAGCUUGGUGGGAAGGCCUGUUCUCGAGUCCGCGCUUUUCGUCGCCGCUCUUCGUCGCCGCCAUGUCAGGAGGUGGUGUGAUUCGUGGCCCGGCAGGGAACAACGAUUGCCGCAUCUACGUGGGUAACUUACCUCCAGACAUCCGAACCAAGGACAUUGAGGACGUGUUCUACAAAUACGGCGCUAUCCGCGACAUCGAUCUCAAGAAUCGUCGCGGGGGACCGCCUUUCGCCUUCGUUGAGUUCGAGGACCCGCGAGACGCGGAAGAUGCGGUGUACGGUCGCGAUGGCUAUGAUUACGAUGGAUACCGUCUGCGGGUGGAGUUUCCUCGCAGCGGCCGUGGCACUGGCCGAGGCGGCGGCGGGGGUGGAGGCGGCGGAGCUCCCCGAGGCCGCUAUGGCCCACCAUCCAGGCGGUCUGAAAACAGAGUGGUUGUCUCUGGACUGCCUCCAAGUGGAAGCUGGCAAGAUUUGAAGGAUCACAUGCGUGAAGCAGGUGAUGUAUGUUAUGCUGAUGUUUACCGAGAUGGCACUGGUGUCGUGGAGUUUGUACGGAAAGAAGAUAUGACCUAUGCAGUUCGAAAACUGGAUAACACUAAGUUUAGAUCUCAUGAGACAUAUCUGAAGAGAUGGAUUAAGAAUGCUUUGGAUUAAGGAUUGUGGAGCACAUUUCAAUCAUUUUAGGAUUGUCAAAAGGAGGAUUGAGGAGGAUCAGAUCAAUAAUGGAGGCAAUGGUUUGGAUUGGAGAGGGCUCACUGGAUCCCAAUCCUUGGAGCUGGAUCAUUGGAUUCAAAUCAUAAUGUGGAUAGGAUAGGGAGGAUGAAUUACAAGGAUUCAUGGAGCGGGAUCAGAUUACCAGGAACAUAGGAGUGGAUUCCUGCCCCAACCAAACCGCAUUCGUGUGGAUUUUUUUUUUUUUUUUUUUUUUAUUCAACUUAAUUGGCUAUUCCAAAGAUUUUUCUUUUUUCCUAUUUUUGACGAUUGGAGCCCUUAAGAUGCACGAUGGAAUUGUGUUUUGCAAUUUUUGGUAAAAGGAGCAAAGCGAGGACCUGGAGAUAUACGCUGGAGCAAUCUCCUUGGAAGGAUUCAGCACGAGUAGAUGAAUAUUUUAGGGAGCCUAUAAUUAGUUAUUUUCUAACCAAGGAGAAAUUUAAGUCUCUUUUAAGAAGCAAUUAUUUUUCAUAACAUCAGAUUGAAUAAACCCAUCUUGCUGUUCAGUCCACAUCCUUCUGGAAACAAAAGGUAAGACUCAUUUUCUGAUUCCUAAUUGUUUGGGAUCUGAAUUUUAUUUUUAAAGCUAAGUUUAAUAUUUUAAAAAUACUGUUUGGAAUGUAAACAGAUUCCCCUCAUUUAAAAUGUUUUUUCCCAAAAUUUUAUAUUUAAAUUUUAAGUGGUCAUAUAGCCACAUAGCAUAGUGCUUGGCUUCAAUAUGAUUUUAGAGUCAGUUUUGAGAGUUGUCGGUUGAACAUGUCUUGGUCAUUGGGACUGGUGAUGUUUUCAGGUUGAAUCCAAGGUGAAUGUUUCUAUGUGUGCCUUUUUGCUUUGUGUAUGAAAUUUGUAAUGAAGUAAGUUGUGUGUGUAUAUUUAUCAAAUAGUAUUAAAAGGGGAGACAUUUUUUAAUUCAACUAAAGUACUGUUGUAGCACAACUGCCCUGUGGUUUAACCUGUUUCCAUUAUAGUAGUACAAAGAGUAUCAACACAGGAAAUGAUUCACAAUCUCUUAUCCACAAUUCUGAAAUCCAGCAAAUGAAAGCAAAGAUUUAUUGUUGUUGAAUUAAUUUUGUGUAAAACCUGAGCAGAAUCGGCAUCCCCAUUUUGCAUUUAACUGUGACUAGCUAUUAUGCUGCAGAAAUACGUGUUUCAUUACACUGCUGCUGCAGACAUUGCUGAGGCUGUUACAUAACAGGGUGUAUAAAGUGCAAACAACUCUGAAUUUCAAAUACAUCUGCCCUCAAGUGUUCGGAUAAGGGAUUGUAGAAUUGUACUGGAAUACCCAGGGCUUAUGCUUCUGUAUGUAAUCUUGGGUGUAUGUGUAAAAACAGACCUGUUACUGUGGAUCGUUUAUUGAGAUUUAAGUUCCUCAUCUUUUUAGGCUCAAGCAGUCACAGGACAAAAAGGUAUGACCCACAUUUUUUAUUUUGUUGGUCUAGUGGAUUCACAAUAAAUGUACUCCAUUGAAGGAAAUAUUCAGCCAUCCUAAAAUAGACAAUGAAAUACUCUGUAUUCAUUUCAGUACUUUCUUUGCAGGAACAUUGACCAAUCUGAUCUUAGAGAAAAAACUGGGAUUGGCAUAAAGUAAAGAGGGAUUAUAAGGAAACAUCUCUACAUAACUUGCUAUAAAUAUAGGCCCAAGAAGUUACAGUAUACUUAAAGUAGCAUCUGUUCCUGUGAUUCAGAACUUUGAAUGCAUCUUGCUAGCUUUGAAAGCUGUGCCUGACAAUUCUGAAAGUGGUUAUGAGUUUGUAGGGGUUGAGGGGAAGAACUUCUUACUACAAAAAUCCCUUGGUGCUUCUCUAGUACACAGAAAAUAAUUUCAGUUAAUUAGGCUUGUCAUACAGAAGUUAAUUUAGGCAGAAAUAAUCUCAUAAUUUUGACAGUAUUUUAAUAGGUGUUAGGCCAGGUUACUGAGGAGAGAAAAAGGCAAACAUAACUUUUCAUAAGGGUAUCAUGUAGGUAGAUAAGCAAAACACAGAUGAAAACACUUCAGCAGAUCCUGGAUGUUUUGUUUUCUAAUCUCUUAAAAAGUGUAAAGGAGGUACACCCAAGCAUCAGGUUAAAAAAGUAACUCCUGCCACCAUUACAGCUUUAGAAGUCUUAAAACACUUAAGACAAAGUGGAGAUUGUUUCUGUUCCUAUCAACAAGAAGAUAGUGGAAAUUGAGAGUUUUUCUAGGAUACUAUAUUACAGGAGAAAAAAACCCCACUGCCAUUGAGUUGAUUCAGAUUUAUAGUGACCCUGAAAUUUUUAAAACAAUUUGUAAGAUUGCCAAAUGUCUAAUGAAAUUUUUUUACAAUGUUGAUAGUUUACUAUCCUAGUGGAGUAAAUGCUAGGGAAAUCACUUAACCACUAGAGGGAGCUAUAUGAUACAAAAGCAACCAGAAAGUCAUUCCUGUUAAUCCAUAGAGGAGGGUGGAGACCAGCUACCUUAAUCCUUUAUGCCAGCUGCAGAGUGAGAUGAUUUUGAUGGUUUACUUCCUGUAACUUUGCCUCUAACUUCCCAUCUGUUGGGCAAAAUCUUCCCCUUUUAAGCUUCUGUUCCAAUGAGGUUUCAAAUAGAGCUUAUCAUGGGUACUCAACAUUUAUAAAUCAGAAAAAUAUGUCUAGGUUCUGGGACUUUGGAGAAAAUGCUGAAGAUGUGAAUCUGCUUGUUUUUCUGCUUACCUUGUACAUCUCCAGGUAUGGAUAGUAAGGCCAGGAGUGAGAAUUGGGUACAGGAAUAGGUGUGGUACAAAAAAAAAAAAAACCCUAGGC